GAAAAACAAAGGUAUUUUUGUGAUUUUGUGAAAAAUGGACGACGUGUUUGAAUCGGGCGAUGGUGAUAUGUCCCACUCGGCGGUGCUGAUGAAAACGGUGCAAAUGAUGCAACACCCGGCCUACGAGAACCCGUACGAGUGGUCAACGAACGACUUCGAGUUGGGCAAGCCGCUCGGCCGUGGAAAAUUCGGACGCGUCUACCUGGCGCGGGAACGCGAGUCCGGCUUUAUGGUGGCCAUGAAGGUGAUGUUCAAGUCACAGCUCACCAAAUGGAACGUGGAGAAGCAGCUGCUGCGCGAGAUCGAGAUCCAGUCCCGCCUGAAACAUCCGCACAUUCUGCGGCUGCUGACCUGGUUCCACGACGAUCGCCGGAUCUACCUGGCGCUCGAACUGGCGGCUCAGGGCGAGCUGUACAAGCACCUGAAGAGGGCCCCGAAGGGAAGGUUUGAUGAGGUUCGUUCGGCACGGUACGUCUCCCAAGUGGCCGAUGCGCUGAACUAUUGCCAUGCGAACAACGUUAUUCACCGCGAUCUGAAGCCGGAGAACAUCCUGCUCACCGAUGACGACAACGUUAAGCUGGCCGAUUUCGGCUGGUCUGCGCACACCAGCUCGAAGCGCAAGACGAUGUGCGGUACGCUCGAUUAUCUGCCCCCGGAAAUGGUCGAUGGUAAGACGUACGAUGAUUCCGUGGAUCAGUGGUGUCUGGGUAUUCUGUGCUACGAGUUCCUGGUUGGCAAUCCGCCGUUCGAGUCACCCAACACACAAAACACGUACGAUAAGAUCCGGCGCCUGGAGAUCAUCUAUCCGCGGCACAUGAGCCCCGGAGCAAUCGAUCUGGUGUCCAAGUUGCUACGCACUCCCAGUAGCUCCCGGAUCACGCUGCGCAACGUUAUGAACCAUCCGUGGGUGUUGCAGAUGCGUAACCAAGGACAGCUCCGAUAAGGUGUUUCCGUCAAUUCCACGGUUCUAGUUUAUAAUAAUGAAUGCGUAUCAUUUAGCAACGGAUAGACCCUUUUUAGUGGUUCAUAUGAUCAAUUUGUUUCUUGUAUUA